AUGUAGUUUAUAAAGUGACAUAGGAACAGUUAUAUAAAGUGCAAUCUGAUCCUAAAAAUGAAUUUUGCUGCAUUAAGAGUUGUCAGAUGCAUGAAAGUGCAGUCCAUAGUUGCUGGUCACAGAGUUCCACAUGUACUUACAUCAUGCAUUAGACAACCAAUUCAAACCAUCAAUACAUCAUCAGCACAUAAUGAGAUCAGUUCACAAGAAUCAUUUGAGUUACGACACCAAGUAUCUUCUAUGAAGAAAAACAACACUAACUGGGUGAUGUACCGAGCUGGUUCCGUUGGUUUGUUAGCAGCUGUUGCUGGUUGUUUUAUUUGUCCCGGAAAUGCUAUCGUUGAUUUUGCAACCAUCACCUUGAUUGUACAUCACAACUACUUUGGUAUCAAGUCAGUGUUGGCGGACUACAUGCCCUUGUUCUUCAAGGACGGCUUCACCAACAUGGUGAUGAUUGCAUGGCUUAUCAUAAGCAUUGUAACACUGGGGUUACUUUAUGCUUUUAACUACAACAACAUUGGCUUUUCAAAAGCUGUCAACAAUUUCUUUAAGUUAUAGUUUAUUGUUUCGUUUGAUACAAAGUCAAAUCACGCUGUACAUUACGAGCAGUUCCGUUUCGCAAAGUUCGCCAUGUUUCAUUUGUUGAUAAAUAUAAGUUGAUAAUCAAGAGUGUA